GGUCACGACAAAUGAGUAGCAAUGAACGUGAGCCAUGACGCCUCAAAAUCCCAAAACUCUAUUCAUAUUUAACGUCAUGCCUUCUUCUUAUUUACAAAGCAUUAAGCUUUUACACGAUUUCCCUGAUUUGGGUCUACCAUGAAGGUCCAACUCUUUACUUGUGAUAAGAGUUGUAUGGAAGCUUGAUGCGAAGGGUUUGAUAUGUGAUAUCAAUCACAUUGAGACAAGAAAGAGGAGGGGAAUGGAGGCGAUAUGGGAUGUGUUCUGUGGAGGUUAUGACUGUUUCGAUGGUAGUGAGAAACCUUGUGGUUUUGACUACAACUUUCUUUCUCGUUCUUCUUCAUGUUUAACUCAAGCUCUGAUCAUCUGUUUUGAUUCUCUACUGUUCAUCUUGCUUGUAUCCAAUAUUGUGGGGAAGUCAAUGAAAAGAGUUCACAUGUCGUAUCAAAUUCGUAACGGUUCAGGUUUGCUGAUUUUGUCUGCUAUCUUCAAUAGUUGUGUUGGAUUGGUGUACCUUGGCUUAGGCAUUUGGACUUUGGUGGAGAAGUUGAGGAAAGAUCACACUGCUUUGCCUUUGCAGCUGUGGUUAUCAACUUCCUUCCAUGGCUUAACGUGGUUAUUGUUGAGCUCUAUUGUUAGCUUAUGGAGUAAACAGCUUCCAAGAGCCUUGUUGCGCCUACUGUCCAUUGCAGCAUUCGUGUUUGCUGGGGUUGUUUGUGUUCUUUCACUUUUUGAUGUUGUUUCGAGUAAAAUAGUAUCAGCAAAGAUGGUUUUAGAUGUUCUAUCUGUUCUGGGAUCAGUUCUAUUAUUGCUUUGCUCUUUUGGUUGUUUUAGCUGCCAAGAGAAUGAGGAGAGUAUCAAUGGGAAUGGACUUUACACCCCAUUAACUGGUGAGGCCAACGGAAGUGGUAAGCUUGAUCCUGUUACUCCAUUAGCCAAAGCUGGAUUGCUGAGUAAAAUUUCAUUUUGGUGGAUGAAUCCUUUAAUGAAAACGGGAAAGAAGAAGACUCUCAACAUUGAAGAUAUACCGAUGAUGCGGGAGGCAGAUCGAGCAGAAAGUUGUUACUUACAGUUCAUAAACCAAAUGAAUGAACAUAAAAGAAAAGGCCAAAGUUCUCAACCAUCAGUCUUCAAAGUCAUCCUUUUAUGCCAUCGAAGGGAUAUAUUAUUGUCAGGAUUUUUCGCUUUGUUGAAAGUACUCUUUCUCUCUGCUGGUCCUCUGCUUCUCAAUGCCUUCAUUUUGGUUGCUCAGGGACAGCAAAGUUUCAAAUAUGAAGGUCUUGUGCUUGCCGUUUCACUUUUCUUUUCGAAAAGUAUUGAAUCCAUAUCGCAAAGACAAUGGUACUUCAGAACCAGGCUUGUUGGUCUUAAAGUUAGAUCUUUGCUCUCAGCAGCUAUUUAUAAGAAGCAAUUGCGAUUGUCCAGUGAAGCUAAGUUGAUGCACUCGAGUGGUGAAAUCAUGAACUACGUUACUGUAGACGCGUAUAGAAUUGGAGAAUUCUCGUUUUGGUUCCACCAAACUUGGACUACGAGCGUUCAGCUAUGUAUUGCCCUUUUGAUCCUCUAUAAAGCAGUAGGAAUAGCAACCAUAGCCUCCCUUUUAGUGAUAAUUCUAUGUGUAGUUGGGAAUACUCCAAUCGCCAAGCUACAACAUAAGUUUCAGAGUAAAUUGAUGGCGGCACAAGAUGAGAGACUGAAAACGUUUACGGAGGCUCUUGUAAACAUGAAAAUUUUGAAGCUAUACGCUUGGGAAACCCAUUUCAAGAACGUAAUUGAGAAGUUAAGAAAGGAGGAGCACAGGUGGUUGUCAGCCGUGCAAUAUCGAAAAGGAUGGAAUGGCAUUCUCUUUUGGUCAUCUCCUGUUAUUGUCUCUGUUGCAACCUUUGGGGCAUGUAGUUUUUUGAAAAUUCCACUGCAUGCCAAUAAUGUGUUCACUUUUGUAUCUGCAUUGCGUCUUGUUCAAGAACCUGUGAGAUCUAUGGGUGAUGUCAUUGCGGUGAUCAUCCAAGCAAGGGUCUCUUUUACACGUAUUGUUGACUUUCUGGAGUCACCUGAGCUGCAAAGUUCUAGUGUUCCUAGAAAGUGUGUGAAUAUGAAUGGUAACUACUCCAUUCGGAUCAGUUCAGCAUCUUUCUCGUGGGAAGAGAAUUCGACGAGGCCUACUCUUCGUAAUAUAAAUUUAGAGGUCAAGCCAGGUUCAAAGGUUGCAAUAUGUGGAGAAGUUGGCUCAGGAAAAUCUACGCUUCUAGCAGCUGUUCUUGGUGAAAUUCCAAAUCUUGAGGGAAAUAUCCAAGUUAAUGGAAGGAUUGCUUAUGUGUCUCAAACAGCAUGGAUCCAAACAGGGUCCAUACGAGAUAACAUUUUAUUUGGCUCUGAAAUGGACAAUUGGAGAUAUCGAGAAACACUUGAGAAGUGUUCAUUGAUGAAGGACCUUGAGUUACUUCCUUACGGUGAUCUCACUGAGAUUGGGGAAAGAGGAGUAAAUCUCAGUGGUGGACAAAAGCAGAGGAUUCAACUUGCACGUGCGCUUUAUCAAAAUGCUGAUAUAUAUCUGUUAGACGAUCCAUUUAGUGCUGUUGAUGCUCAUACUGCCACAAGUUUGUUCAAUGGAUAUGUUAUGGAGGCGCUCUUGGGAAAAACUGUUCUUCUUGUGACUCAUCAAGUUGAUUUCUUACCUGCUUUUGAAUCUGUCCUGCUGAUGUCCGAUGGGGAAAUUCUUGAAGCAGCCGCUUACGAUCAGCUGUUAGCACAUAGCAAACAAUUUCAGGACCUUGUCAAUGCACACAAAGAGACUGCGGGUACUGAAAGGCUUGCAGAUUUAUCUGCUACCAAGAGUUUGAGAACAUCUAGUAAAGAGAUUAAGAAAUCUUUUACUGAGAAACUGUCUGUAGUUUCCGAUGCUAACCAGAUAAUUAAGCAGGAGGAGCGGGAAGUUGGAGACUCAGGAUUCAAGCCUUAUAUUCAGUAUCUGAAUCAGAACAAAGGGUUCUUCUUCUUCUCCUUAGAUGUUCUCUUCCAAUUAGCAUUCGUGGCAUGUGGAAUAACUCAAAACUCUUGGAUGGCUAUGAAUGUUGACAAUCCCAACGUCAGCAAGUCGCGCCUGAUCAUAGUUUACUUGUUGAUUGGAGUUACUUCAACAAUAUUCCUGGCUUCAAGAGCUCUUUUAACAGCUUUUUUAGGUCUGCAAUCUUCAAAAUCAUUGUUUUCUCAGCUACUAGCAUCUCUUUUUCGCGCACCGAUGUCCUUCUAUGAUUCCACACCUCUUGGAAGGAUACUUAGUCGGGUCUCAAUGGAUCUUAGUAUUGUGGAUCUUGAUGUCCCGUUUAGUUUAAUAUUUGCUGUGGCUGCAACCUCCAAUGCCUAUGCCAGUCUCGGAGUUUUAGCCGUAAUCACGUGGCAAGUUCUAUUCAUCUCCGUACCUACAAUCAUUUUGGCAGUUUGCUUGCAGAGAUACUAUUUCGCUUCUGCUAAAGAACUCAUGCGUCUUAAUGGGACGACAAAGUCAAUGGUAGCAAACCAUUUGUCUGAAUCCAUAGCUGGAGCAAUGACAAUUCGAGCUUUUGAAGAGGAAGAUAGAUUCUUUAAGAAAAAUCUUGAAUUUGUUGAUGGAAAUGCCAGUCCUUUCUUUCACAAUUUUUCAGCGAACGAGUGGCUGAUACAACGGUUAGAAAUGCUCAGUGCAGUAGUCUUAGCCUCCGCUGCAUUUUGCAUAGUAUUGCUACCAACUGGAAGUUUCAGCCCUGGUUUCAUUGGAAUGGCACUCUCUUAUGGCCUUUCAUUAAAUGUGUCCCUGGUCUUCUCCAUUCAGAAUCAAUGUAAUAUAGCCAAUCACAUCAUUUCUGUAGAAAGAUUAAACCAAUACAUGCAUUUAUCAAGUGAGGCUCCUGAAAUCAUCGAAGCUAACCGUCCUCCAAGCAAUUGGCCCUCUAUCGGCAAAGUGGAGAUAAUCGACUUGAAGAUUCGGUAUAGACCCAAUACGCCCCUUGUUCUUCAUGGUAUUAGCUGCACAUUUGAAGGCGGACACAAGAUUGGUAUUGUUGGUCGUACUGGCAGUGGUAAAUCUACCCUUUUAAGUGCCAUAUUCCGCUUGGUUGAGCCAGUAGGGGGAAAGAUUGUAGUUGACGGCAUCGACAUUUGUUCGAUUGGACUUCAUGACCUGCGUUCACGUUUCGGAAUUAUUCCUCAAGACCCAACCCUUUUUAAGGGAACUGUUAGAUACAAUUUGGAUCCCUUAGUUCAGCAUAGUGAUGAUGAAAUAUGGGAGGUACUCGGGAAGUGUCAACUAAGAGACGCUGUCGAAGAGCGGGAGGCAGGAUUGGAUUCCUUGGUUGUGGAAGAUGGUUCAAACUGGAGCAUGGGACAACGACAACUUUUCUGUUUAGGUCGUGCUCUUUUGAGGAGAAGUCGAAUAUUAGUGCUUGACGAAGCUACUGCAUCAAUUGACAAUGCGACUGAUAUGAUUCUACAGAAAACUAUUCGAUCUGAAUUCGCCGACUGUACUGUGAUUACAGUUGCUCACAGAAUACCAACUGUUAUGGAUUGCACAAUGGUGCUUGCUAUAAGUGAUGGGAGAAUAGCAGAAUACGAUGAACCGGCUACGUUGAUCAAAAGAGAAGGCUCCCUAUUUGGACAGUUAGUGAAAGAAUACUGGUCUCACUCAGCAUCUGCACAAUUAUUUUGAAAUCAACAGUUUGUUUGCCCAGGGGCAUAUUCUUUUGCUGUCUGAAAAGAAAUUCAAAAAAUGGAUUUUGAAAGACAAAAGGGGGAGUAGAUAUUGAAGAGCAACUGAUCAGGCGUACUUAUCAGAGUCUUUUCAUAGAGGUCCUUCGUUUUUUGUGGUGCAGUCCUGCUUCAUUCAGAAAUGGCCAUCUCCCCAUCCGAGUAGCUGGAGCAAACAGUAAUAGCCACAUUCUGUUAGGGGGAAAUUUUGUUCCAAUGGAACCCGUUUUCUUACCAAUUAGUUUCGCGAGGGAAUCAAGAAUUUGUAAAAUAUCUUCUCAUUCUCCCUUCUCAAACUGCAUUAAUGAUCAUUUGUACCAGUAAGAUUUUUGGUGAGAAACAUGUAUGUUCCAUCUAUUUUAUUCCCCUGUUGAACAAAUCUGUACAGCAGUGUCUCUGUCUACGAAUAACAAUUCAAGCAGCGGUAAUGAGACUUUGAGAAAGAUAUUCGACUUA